UGGUUGUAGGAACAUAUUAUUUGUUGUUCAUUCAAUGAAAAGUGUCUGUGGGAAAAAUAUUCUGUAUGUAUAGGUUAUUGUCUGAUUGUUUCUCUGUAUUUUUAUGAAAGUUCAUAGCGGAAUUUUUCAAUGGAUAACACAUGUUCCCCAUCUUUACCUCUGAUACGUAUCAAGGGAGAUUAGUUCAACUUGGCUACCCUGCUAUGUGCGCGACUAGGUAUACCCAGGGCGUACCAUGAUAGAUUCAAUUUUAAAAUAUUCCAAUGGAGUCGCCGAAAUAAUAUCAUAGAUGCAGAAAAAUGUAUGCGGAUUAAUUAAUCAUAAGUGACGACUGAUCAGUGUAUUAAUAUCAUUCCAUGCAUACGCACAUGCAGAAUUGAUGCGAGAGAUACAAAACGUAGGAUUCUGUGUGAUCUUCAAAUAUUGUGGAAUUGGUGCUGAGACAAAUUGUGAAAGGACAACAGAUCGGAGUAUUAUUUUAUAAACUAUUUAAGUGAAACAAAAUGAAACAGCUCUACUGACUGAUAUACUAUUAACAGUUAACAAGUGAAAGGACAGGAAAAUCUUAUACCAAAAUGAUUGUACAAAGAUGCUCCUGACGAAAGAUGAUAAGUGAAUGACAGGACAGCGAGGGAAGAAAUGGUGAAAUGUUACGAAAAACAUUUAAAUGAGUGUGUGUGUUGAUAAUAUGAAACUGAAAAUCCGCGCAGCUAUACUGGUCUGCGGAGCUCUGUCUUUCUGUGCAAUAUUUCUUACCUUUCACCAACUUCCAACCCUUCAUGACAAACGUACAAGGAACUUGGACACCCAAGAUGGCAGAAGAAGCUUCGAGGAGCCGGUUGAAAUGCCACAUAUUUUCACAUUUAGGAAAAGACUCAAUAAAAGCAAUUAUACCAGUGAGAAUAUUAGUCCUGAAAUGGGUAAACGCCCCUUGGAAAUCAAAAAUUUAGCUAAUGAAACUAACGAAGAUAUAAAAGACCAAAGUGACAGUAUUAAUCUGGAAAAUCCACAUUUUGACCAACCAAACCAAAGAUCAUUGAAACAGCCAGAUACAGACGCAGUUGAUAAUCUAAAUGUCACGAAUGAAUACGUUGAUAAAAUGUUACACACGUUACAAACUUCAAAUGGAUUAAAAUUUAAUUUUGAAAAGACUAAAUAUGUGCCAUAUAAAAACUUUCUCAAGUUACAAAGUAAGAGAACAAGACGGAAAGGCAUGGGUUUGCCAAUUUACAUCAACUACAAUGGCGGACCGGUAUUAGCCAACUGGGAAAAGUUUCACAAAGGAAUACACCAGUUUGGCUUGUACAUGGACGAUGACCCUGCUGUGGACGGAAUCAUGGAAGAUAUGUCAACUCAACAAAUUAUUGACAUAGAAUUAAAAGAGGGAGGUACCCAGCUAAAGCUCAUGAUAACUUUCAGUGAUGAGGGCCAAUCUUUGUUCAAACCAAUGAGGUAUCCCCGAGAUCAAGAGACAUUGCCUGAUCACUUCUACUUUGUUGACUUUGAGAGACAUAAUGCCGAAAUUGCUGCUUUCCAUUUAGACAGAAUUCUUGGCUUCUAUCGUGUUCCACCAACGGUAGGAAGGGAGGUUAAUCUUACUGGCGAAAUUAAGAUGCUAGCCGAGCCAAAAUUAAGAAGAACUUUUUUCAUAUCUCCAGCUAACAACGUGUGUUUUCACGGCACUUGUUCCUACUAUUGUGAUACUGGUCAUGCUGUCUGUGGCCACCCUGUGAUGUUAGAGGGGUCCUUUGCUACAUUCCUUCCUCCAGAGCGAGUAGCGCCGCGUAAAACGUGGCGGAAUCCAUGGAAACGGUCUUACAGCAAGCACCGCAAAGCGUAUUGGGAGCUGUAUGACGACCUGUGUGGGCGUGUCCAGGAAAAGGAACCCUUUAGCAGUGGACGUCGUCUACUUGAUGUCAUAGAUAUGCAUAUCUUUGAUUUUCUUACUGGUAAUAUGGACCGUCAUCAUUAUGAGACGUUCACCGACUUCGGUAAUGAAACAUUCCUUUUGCACCUGGAUAACGGUCGAGGAUUCGGCCGCUCUGGACACGAUGAGAUGUCAAUCCUUGCACCCGUCUUUCAGUGCUGUAUGAUUCGAUAUUCUACAUUUACGAAGCUAGUCAAACUCUAUCUGGGACCAGAAAAACUCAGUAUGUUAAUGCGGGAUUCCAUGAAAAAAGAUCGAGUGAAUCCUAUUCUAAAUGAAAAACACACUCAUGCUCUAGACAGGAGAGUGAUUAAGAUAUUGACUGCUGUACACGACUGCAUUAGAACCAACCCUUAUACAGACGUUAUUAUCGAUGAUUUCUUUUAAAGUUUUUUAAAAAAGUGAAUGGUUCGAUUAGUCUGUCUGGAGUUACCCUGUGAUUCAGCUUCAGUGCUUUCAAACAAAAAUCGUAAUUUUAAGUGCUAAGUUUAUGGGCUAGUUUUUUUUUAGAUUAUGUUUUCGUACUUUUAAAUAAUAUGUGUAUUCGUUGCUGAUUUAUGCAUCAUGUCUUUGAAUUUUAACGUUAGACAGAAGAAGACAAUCGGUAUUUAUUAGACAAAAUAAGGAUUUUUUUUAAUUCAGUUUAUUACAAUAGCAGUCUUGUCAAAUUUGUGAUACGUUACUGCCUAUUUAUGUAAAGUAAAUGACUAUUUAGAAAGAGUAGUGAUAAUAUUUGUAUGUUUAUGUUUACAUUUUUGUUCAUAUCACCUUUGUUACACGGACAUACAGGGUAUUUACAUGUGUAGCAUCGUUCAUGGAUCUUUUGUUCUUUUUAGGACUUGGAAUUGUACAUUGAUUAUAACUGAUAAUUGUAAUUUAUUAAGCUUCAAGUACUGUUAUACUAUGAUAUAUAAAGCAUAUUUUUAGAUGUUUGUAGUUAGUCUGACCUCUAACGGAAGGUAUUUAAAGACGACAUUAAAUGAGCAAUACAUUUUUACACAAUUUUACAAGAGGUCAGGACACAUACAUAAUACCUCAGUAUAGAAAUUGUACAGGUAUAACAUAUUCUUAGUGCAAAAUAAGGCUAUUUUAUGGAUGGAAUUCAACAUUAAUCGUCUGUUUUUAAAAUAACACCAGGGUCACAUUGCUUAAAUAGUUUUACCAAUCGCGCAUAUAUUAUAUUGCAUUUGGUGCUCACUCGAUAGAGGAAAUAUUUUGAUUUUACAAUGUACAUAGGUUUGACAGCAGGUGCCCCACGGAUAGCUUAAUGUUUCUAACUGAUAUAUUGUUAUGCAUCUCACUUCUGGACGAGUUGCUUAAAAGAUGUCCACUUGAGUAACAUUGUUUGAGAUAUGUACCACAUAUGUUGCUGGACAAACUUUUACUUCUCAGUAUCAACUAGUUUUCCUCUUUAACAACGAUAUAAUUGAGAAAAGUCACCAAAUUUAAGCGGCCAUUCGUAUUAGAAAUUAACUAAAUUAUCUGAUAUCAAAUUUAAUUUUUCAUUACAUAUGUUUUAGACUCUGAGACAGAUAUUUUACGUUUUCAAAUCUACGCAGAAAUAUUUUUGUGCGUUAUCGCUGAAGACGUUGAUCUCAUGACUUUUUACAUGAUCAAUAUCAAAGUCUGUCAUUUCUUGAAAUCCAUAAAUUAUAUAUAAAUUAUGUAAAAUAUGUUUUGAGAAUAUCGUGCAAUGAUUCAUGGUGCACUUUAGAAUAAAUAAAAAAUAUACAAUA